AUGUCUACAAUUAAAGAACAUAUAAUCACAAUGCGAGCCUGGUACUGCUAUUGUGAAGUGGCAGCUGAGGAUACUCAGGAGCUCACUGUGGCUGACAGAAAGCUCAAGGGAGGAUUCAAGACUGAGAACAAUGAUCAUAUUAAUUUGAAAGUGGCAAGGCAGGAUGGUUCUCUGCUGCAGUGUAAUAAGAAACAUAUAUCACUUAGUAAACUAAUGAAAGCCUACAUAUGCACACUGUUGGAAAUGGAGGAUGAAGAUAUAAUUGAUGUGUUCCUGCAGAAGACAGAAGGUGUCUGUUAG